AUGGCCAUCACUACUCACUCGCUAUCCGCCACAGAAAGAAAACACUGGUGGCUUACCAAUCGAAAGAUUGUUGAGAAAUACGUAAAAGACGCUCGGAGUCUUAUAGCGACGCAAGAUCAGAGGGAGAUUGCUUCGGCUCUGAACCUUCUAGAUGCCGCACUGGCUAUUUCUCCGAGGCUGGACCAAGCGCUUGAACUGAGAGCCAGGGCUCUGCUCUAUUUACGCCGGUUCAAGGAGAUUGCGGAUAUGCUUCAGGACUACAUUCCGAGCCUCAGAAUCAACGAUGACUCAUCCUCUUCCUCUGUCUCCUCCGACACCUCUUCGCAACAGCUUUCCAGGGAAGGAGUGAAACUUCUCUCUCCCUCUGAGUCGCCGGUGCGGGAUCAGAGCUUCAAGUGCUUCUCUGUUUCCGACCUCAAGAAGAAGGUCAUGGCAGGGCUGUGUAAAACCUGCGAGAAAGAAGGGCAAUGGAGAUACUUGGUGUUGGGUGAAGCAUGCUGCCACCUAGGCCUAAUGGAGGAUGCAAUGGUUCUUCUUCAAACGGGAAAACGUCUUGCUAGCGCCACACUCCGGCGUGAGAGUGUCUGCUGGUCACAAGACAGCUUUAAUGUUACAAACUUCCAAUUCUCCGGCGACGGCCCAAAUGCGCCACCCACAACUCCACCGCGAAGUCUUCUGGCGGCAGACUCCGAGAGCGUGACCCAACUUCUCGGCCAUAUAAAGUUCCUCCUCCGGCGAAGGGCCGCCGCAAUGGCCGCCCUUGACGCCGGGCUCUACUCAGAGGCCAUCCGCCACUUCUCGAAAAUUGUGGACGGCCGGCGCAGCGCAUCUCAGAGCUUCCUUGUUGAAUGCUACAUCCACCGCGCCUCCGCGCACCGUUCCGCCGGUAGAAUUGCAGAGUCAAUUGCGGAUUGUAACCGCACCCUUGCUUUGGACCCCGCUUGCAUCCAAGCGCUCGAAAUCAGAGCUUCACUCUUCGAAACCAUUCGUUGUUUACCCGAUUCUCUUCACGACCUCGAACACUUGAAGCUCCUCUACAAUUCAAUUUUACGAGACCGCAAGCUUCCCGGUCCUGCGUGGAAGCGCCACAACGUGCGUUAUAGGGAAAUUCCAGGGAAACUCUGCACCCUCACUAUUAAAAUUCAGGAACUGAAACAAAGGCUGGCUUCUGGAGAAACAGGGAACGUUGAUUACUAUGCUUUGAUUGGUGUCCGACGAGGUUGUUCGCGGUCGGAGUUGGAGAGGGCUCACUUGUUGCUUUCCUUGCGGCACAAGCCUGAUAAGUCAACGGGGUUCAUCGAAAGGUGUGAGCUUGCGGAUGAGCGUGAUAUUGAGUCAGUUAAAGAGAGGGCGAAGAUGUCAUCUUUGUUGUUGUAUAGAUUGGUUCAGAAGGGUUACACUAAUGUAAUGAGUAACAUCAUGGAUGAGGAAGCUGCUGAGAAGCAGAGAAAGAAGUCUGCUCUGCAAGCUAUUCAGGCGCAGAAAGAGAAAGCCAAUGAACCUGAGUUGAUGAGCAAGGUUGAGUGUAUUAGGAGCAACGUGGAGAAUAAUAAUGAUAAUAACAAUAACAAUGUGGCUCAAAUGUCUCAAAAUAAGUCCAUGGUGUGUUCUUCUACUGUGAAUCCGGCGAUGUUUCAGGGUGUUUUCUGCCGCGAUAUUGCGGUGGUGGGUAACUUGCUUUCUCAGGUGGGGUUUAAUCGGUCUAUGCCGGUGAAGUAUGAAGCGUUGAGCUGUUGA